UGGAGUGCGCCUUUUAAUUGUGAUCUGAAGGGCAAAGGACAUGAGCAACCAAUCAUAACAAACCAAGAGACGCUGUCAAGGACCAUUCUCUUUGUGGACUGCUCUGGCACCAUGAACUUCAAUAUGUUAUUAUCAAAGAGGACAAAAGGAUAAGUCGCGGCGGCACAAGCUUCUUCAACGAAACGUCAUCUAGGCUAUUUCUCAGAGACACCGCUGUGGAUAGGCUACGCAGUGUCAUGAAAUGUGCGUUCGGCACCAUAGCCUAUGUGAUUCAAGACAUUCGUGUUGGAUCGUAAAUAAGGGAUAUUUGUCCUUUUUAAACGUUUUUAGAGACAAGGAUACAAUAUCGCAAAAUAUCUUAUCGGGACUAUAAAUGGACCUGUAGUCACGCCACUACUGACGCUCACCCACGGACCGUUUCAUGGGUUUCUGGCCAACAAUGGGCGAAUGUAACCGGCUUACAGACCCAAACCUCUGGCUUUGGAAUAUUGGGGGCCAUCAUUCAAAGUUCACACAACUCUCAGUAAAAUAAAUGCAACCAAACUGUAUUGAAUUGAAUGUGAACGACUGAGAUUUAUUAAAUUAGGCUAUUUGUCAAUAUGCAGGCAUCAAAUUUGUGCGCUUGAUUGCCAAGAAUGAUUAAGCCGAUUGAUGGCAUUAGAUUAUAAAUUGUUACAUUGUAGCCAAAUACAUUGUGCAAAUAUUGAUGAAUUAAGUUACAGUUUCAAGCCAAUCAUUGGAGUGUUAGCCUACUCAUUUGCUAUAGACGGCUUCAUCAUUCCUUAUUUGUAUCAAAUUAAUACAUUUCACGUUCAUGCUUAACGAACGGUAUGGGAAUGCCACCCCGGCUGUCAAUACAUAAAAUGGAACCUAAGGACUACAGAUGGAAUAUUGAUUAAGUGGAGAGAAAAAACUAAAGAAAAUAACCAAUUCAUUGACGAAAAUUUUGGCGUUCUUUUUGGUGUACUGCACAAUGGGGAUUAUGCUUCAAGUUAUUCUAGGAAUGUUUCAGUUCCUCUUGCUCUCCAGAAUACCCACGUCCCAUGCCAAGGUAUGUCAGAUAACUCACUACACUAUUUUAGACUAUUGUCUGCAUGGGAAUCUCAGGAGUUUAGAUUUGUUUUAUUCCUUUGUAUUAUGCUACAAAACAUCUAGUUUAUUUGAAGGGAAAAUAAAGAUAGGAAGAAAAUGAAUACAGUGACUUUAGUAGCAGUAUAGCCUAUUUCUUUCUAAUAUUUUAAACUGAUCUUUGUGUGUUUGGAGCUUACCCCCAUGGUCAUUGACGCUCUGAGCUUACAAAGCUUUAUGGAAUUAUGUGGUGCACCUCUCACUCUCUCCUAGACAUAUGUACCAUGUUGACUAAUGGUAGACUCAUGUACCAUGUAUGGAUAGGCACAAUGUGACACAACUCUGCCAGACUGACUGGCAUGUACUUUGUAACACAAGGCAGAUGUACUGUACAUGAGUGACAUAUGGGGAUAGAUAAUAAUUUGCCAACAUAAUAGUCUCCAUAGACUCUCAAACACACAGCUCUUCACAUGGCAGAUUGGUUUUAUUUAUGUCUGGUGUUUUCAUAUCAAGAACAUGUAGUGGCCUGAAGCUGCCCUGAUUGAGCUGCGUGGCCAUGGGAUAUAUCAGGUUGGAGGUCCUGGGAAUCAUGUUGCAUUGGGGCCCAAUCUCUCUCUCUCUCUGUCGCACGCGCACACAUACAGUGAGGGAAAAUAGUAUUUGAUCCCCUGCUGAUUUUGUAUGUUUGCCCACUGACAAAGAAAUUAUCAGUCUAUAAUUUUAAUGGUAGGUUUAUUUGAACAGUGAGAGACAGAAUAACAACAAAACAAUCCAGCAAAACGCAUGUCAAAAAUGUUAUAAAUUGAUUUGCAUUUUAAUGAGGGAAAUAAGUAUUUGGCAGUUAGAGGGUGUAAGACUCUGCAGCUGGCAUUGUGUGGGCUGCUGCAAGAGCUUGGCUGGCACUGUUUAGAUUACUUGUGUGUGUUUGAGAGAGAGCAAGUGUGUGUGUGUGUGUCUGUGUCAGAGAGAGAAACACAGAGAGAGUGAGAGUGUGCCAAUUCCAGUGUCAGACAGGAUCAGAUCCAACCAGACUGGAAGGGGAAUAGUCUCCUCUGGGAAAAGCAAUACAGAAACACACACUUGGGGUGACAGUAUCAACUCCUUCUAGGGGCCAGUCUGUGGAGCUAUAGCCCACCCUACUCCUUCUAGGGGCCAGUCUGUGGAGCUAUAGCCCACCCUACUCCUUCUAGGGGCCAGUCUGUGGAGCUAUAGCCCGCCCUACUCCGGGGGAUGUUGUGUACUGAUCGAUUUGUGAUAUGAAUGAAACACCAGUGUGAUCUGACAUGUUUCUUGUUGCUCAGACACGUACUACAGUAUAUGUGUUCACAAAAUGGCCACACACACAUCGGUGAACUCUGAAUCAAAUGGAACCAUACCAGAAACUGUCGAUAGAGCACGGGGGCAGGGUAGGGGGGUGGGGCGGUUGAAAGGGGGGCAAUUGGGCAAAGUCUACAUUCUCUCAGCAGUGGCCUUGGUCCACUCAGACCUAAUAAUGACGUUGCGUGGGUGGGUGUGGGUGUGUGGUGUGUGUGUGCGUGCGUGCGUCUGUGCGUGCCUGUGUUUGAGAUUGUGUGUGUGAGAGAGAGUGUGUGUGUGUGCGUAAACUAAGUAGUAUGUAUUUUGUGUGGUAUUCAUCUGGCUAAGGUAUUUGGUGUCAGUGUAGAGCAUGAGAGGGUACGAGGGGCUGUAGGGUACUAGGGGCUGUAGGGUACUAGGGCUGUAGGGUACUAGGGGCUGUAGGGUACUAGGGCUGUAGGGUCCUAGGGCUGUAGGGUACUCAGGGCUAUAGGGUACUCAGGGCUAUAGGGUACUAGGGGCUGUAGGGUACUAGGGCUGUAGGGUACUAGGGCUAUAGGGUACUCAGGGCUGUAGGGCUGUAGGGUACUAGGGGCUGUAGGGUACUAGGGCUGUAGGGUACUCAGGGCUGUAGGGUACUCAGGGCUGUAGGGUACUCAGGGCUGUAGGGUACUAGGGGCUGUAGGGUACUCAGGGCUGUAGGGUACUAGGGCUGUAGGGUACUAGGGGCUGUAGGGUACUCGGGGCUGUAGGGUACUAGGGGCUGUAGGGUACUAGGGGCUGUAGGGUACUAGGGCUGUAGGGUACUAGGGGCUGUAGGGUACUAGGGGCUGUAGGGUACUGGGGCUGUAGGGUACUCGGGCUAUAGGGUACUAGGGGCUGUGCGGUACUAGGGCUGUGAGGUACUCAGGGCUGUGAGGUACUGGGGCUGUGAUGUACUCGGGGCUGUGAGGUACUAGGGGCUGUGAGGUACUAGGGGCUGUAGGGUGCUAGGGGCUGUGAGGUACUAGGGGCUGUGAGGUACUAGGGGCUGUGAGGUACUAGGGGCUGUAGGGUGCUAGGGUCUGUGAGGUACUAGGGGCUGUAGUGUACUAGGGGCUGUGAGGUACUAGGGGCUGUGAGGUACUAGGGGCUUGGAGGUACUAGGGGCUGUAGGGUGCUAGGGGCUGUGAGGUACUAGGGGCUGUGAGGUACUAGGGGCUGUGAGGUACUAGGGGCUGUGAGGUACUAGGGGCUGUAGGGUACUAGGGCUGUAGGGUACUAGGGCUGUGAGGUACUAGGGGCUGUAGGGUACUAGGGCUGUAGGGUACUAGGGGCUGUGAGGUACUAGGGGUUGUGAGGUACUAGGGGCUGUAGGGUGCUAGGGGGUGUAGGGUACUAGGGGCUGUGCGGUACUAGGGCUGUAGGGUGCUAGGGGCUGUGAGGUACUCGGGGCUGUGAGGUUCUAGGGGCUGUGAGGUACUCGGGGCUGUGAGGUACUAGGGGCUGUAGGGUGCUAGGGGCUGUAGGGUAUUAGGGGCUGUGAGGUACUAGGGCUGCCUUCACUGUAUAUAAGGUUAAAAACAUGCAGGGAUUUUCCACCUGACACACAUCUUCUUCUGCCACUCCUCUUCCAGCUAGCCCACUGGAGACCUGCAGACACCACCCCCAAAUCUAGAGAAGGUACUCUCCCCCCCCCCCCCCCCCCCCCCCCCGAUAAUCACACCAGCAUACAGUGUCUUCGGAAAGUAUUCAGACCCCUUUACUUAAAAAAUUAUAAUCCUCAGCAAUCUACACACAAUACCCCAUAAUGACAAAGCGAAAACAUAUUAAAAUGCAAAUGUAUUAAAAUCUUAAAACAUAAAUACCUUAUUUACAUAAGGAUUCAGACCCUUUGCUAUGAGACUCGAAAUUGAGCUCAGGUGCAUCCUGUUUCCAUUGAUCAUCCUUGAGAUGUUUCUACAACUUGAUUGGAGUCCACCUGUGUCAAUUCAAUUGAUUGGACAUGAUUUGGAAAGGCACACACCUGUCUAUAUAAGGUCCCACAGUUGACAGUGCAUGUCAGAGCAAAAACCAACCCAUAAGGUCGAAGGAAUUGUCCGUAGAGCUCCGAGACAGGAUUGUUUCGAUGAACAGAUCUGGGGAAGGGUACUAAAAAAUUUCUGCAGCAUUGAAGGUCCCCAAGAACACAGUGGCCUCCAUCAUCCUUAAAUGGAAGAAGUUUGGAACCACCAAGACCCUUCCUAGAGCUGGCCACCCGGCCAAAUUGAGCAACCGGGGGAGAAGGGUCUUGGUCAGGGAGGUGACCAAGAACCCGAUGGUCACUCUGACAGAGGUCUAGAGUUCCUCUGUGGAGAUGGGAGAAAUUUCCAGAAGGACAACCAUCUCUGCAGCACUUCACCAAUCAGGCCUUUAUGGUAGAGUGGCCAGACGGAAGCCACUCCUCAGUAAAAGGCACAUGACAGCUCACUUGGAGUUUGCCAAAAGGCACCUAAAGACUAUCAGACAAAGAGAUUCUUGAUGAAAACCUGCUCCAGAGCGCUCAGGACCUCAGACUGGGGCAAAGGUUCACCUUCCAACAGGACAAUGACCCGAAGCACACAGUCAAGCCAACUCAGGAGUGGCUUCGGGACAAGUCUCUGAAUAUCCUUGAGUGGCCCAGCCAGAGCCCGGACUUGAACCCGAUCGAACAUCUCUGGAUAGACCUGAAAAUAGCUGUGCAGCAACGCUCCCCAUCCAACCUGACAGAGCUUGAGAGGAUCUGCAGAGAAGAAUGGGAGAAACUCCCCAAAUACAGGUGUGCCAAGCUUGUAGCUCGAUGCUGUAAUCAUUGCCAAAGGUGCUUUAACAAAUCAUUGAGUAAAGGGUCUUAAUACUUAUGUAAAUGUCGAAAAACCUAUUUUCGCUUUGUCAUUAUUGGAUAUUGUGUGUAGAUUGAUGAGGAAAAAAUACAAUUUAAUCAAUUUUAGAAAAAGGCUGUAACGUAACAAAAUGUGGAAAAAGUCAAGGGGUCUGAAUACUUUCCGAAGGCAUUGUAUGUGAAGAGGCUGAUGAUGAGUCACUUUGUGUGUAUGAAUAACAGAUGUGAGAUUCAUAAAGUGAGAAUGAAUACAUUAUGACUAGAUUUGUGAUGUGUUAGUGACCUUGUCAAACUCAUGCAUCUGAAGUCUCUCGCUCUCCUUCCCUCCAGUGCGUCGGUGGUUGGAGGUGUACUCUCGGAGUGGUUGUGAGCCCAGGGAUAACCUGGUGGAGGUGUGGAGGGAGUUGCCGGGGGAGACGCAUCACCUCUUCGUGCCCUCCUGUGUGUCGGUCCGCCGCUGUGGCGGGUGCUGCUCCGACGAGGCACUGGAGUGUGUGCCCUCACUCACACAAACUAUCACCAUGGAGGUACACACUCACACAAACUAUCACCAUGGAGGUACACACUCUCUCACCAUGGAGGUACACACUCACACACACUAUCACCAUGGAGGUACACACUCACACAAACUAUCACCAUGGAGGUACACACUCACACAAACUAUCACCAUGGGGGUACACACUCACACAAACUAUCACCAUGGAGGUACACACUCACACAAACUAUCACCAUGGAGGUACACACUCACACAAACUAUCACCAUGGAGGUACACACUCUCUCACCAUGGAGGUACACACUCACACAAACUAUCACCAUGGAGGGACACACUCACACACUCUCUCACCAUGGAGGUACACACUCACACAAACUAUCACCAUGGGGGUACACACUCACACAAACUAUCACCAUGGAGGUACACACUCACACAAACUAUCACCAUGGAGGUACACACUCACACAAACUAUCACCAUGGAGGUACACACUCACACAAACUAUCACUAUGGAGGUACACACUCACACACUCUCUCACCAUGGAGGUACACACUCACACAAACUAUCACUAUGGAGGUACACACUCACACACUCUCUCACCAUGGAGGUACACACUCUCUCACCAUGGAGGUACACACUCACACACACUCUCUCACCAUGGAGGUCCACACUCACACACUCUCUCACCAUGGAGGUACACAUUCACACAAACUAUCACCAUGGAGGUACACACUCUCUCACCAUGGAGGUACACACUCACACAAACUAUCACCAUGGAGGUACACACUCACACAAACUAUCACCAUGGAGGUACACACUCUCUCACCAUGGAGGUACACACUCACACAAACUAUCACCAUGGAGGGACACACUCACACACUCUCUCACCAUGGAGGUACACACUCACACAAACUAUCACCAUGGGGGUACACACUCACACAAACUAUCACCAUGGAGGUACACACUCACACAAACUAUCACCAUGGAGGUACACACUCACACAAACUAUCACCAUGGAGGUACACACUCACACAAACUAUCACUAUGGAGGUACACACUCACACACUCUCUCACCAUGGAGGUACACACUCUCUCACCAUGGAGGUACACACUCACACACACUCUCUCACCAUGGAGGUCCACACUCACACACUCUCUCACCAUGGAGGUACACAUUCACACAAACUAUCACCAUGGAGGUCCACACUCACACAAACUAUCACCAUGGAGGUAUACACAUAUACACACACACACAUAAUGAUUAGUAACUGUAGUUUGUUUCUUUGUCCUCUGCAGCUAAUGAAGACCUCCUUUAUGAAGCAUGAGCUCAUCGAGCUGGACUUCGUUGAGCACAGCCAGUGUGAGUGCAGGUGAGCACACACACACACACACACACACACACACACACACACACACACGCACACACACACACACGGUCUAUGCAUGACUGUAUUCUCUCAGUGUGUGUCCUCAAAUAACCCGCUCUCUCUCCCUGUAGACUAAAAGAGGAUCUUCAAUCAGCCCCUACCAGGUAGAGUACUGAAUGUAUGUGGCUGUAUGUGUACAUGUGUGUUUGUCAGAGAGUGUUUGUCAGAGAGUGUUUGUCAGAGAGUGUUUGUCAAAGAGUGUUUGUCAGUGUGUGUCUGUUAGUGUGUGUCUGUGUGUGUGUCUGUGUGUGUGUGUGUGUGUCUGUGUGUGUUUGUCAGAGAGUGUUUGUCAGAGUGUCAGUGUGUUUGUUAGUGUGCGUCUGUUAGUGUGUGUGUGUGUGUGUCUGUCAUUGUGUGUGUCGGAGAGUGUUUGUCAGUGUGUGUGUGUGUGUGUCUGUCUGUUAGUGUCUGUCUGUUAGUGUCUGUCUGUUAGUGUCUGUCUGUUAGUGUCUGUCUGUUAGUGUCUGUCUGUUGGUGUGUGUCUGUUACUGUGUGUCUGUUAGUGUGUGUCUGUGUUUGGGUCUGUUUCUGUGUACCUCUGUCUGCACCUCUAGCUUAGUGAUUUAGCGUCUGUGAUGCUUGAGCGCUAGCCUAAUAUCCCAUGGGACAGUUCACAUGCCACUGUCUCCAUAGAGAUGUGUCUCCAUAGAGAUGUGGUCCUCUGUAGCUCAAUUGGUAGAGCAUGGCGCUUGUAACACCAGGGUAGUGGGUUCGAUCCCCGGGACCAGCCAUACGUAAAAAUGUAUGCACACAUGACUGUAAGUCGCUUUGGAUAAAAGCGUCUGCUAAAUGGCAUAUUAUUAUUAUUAUUAUUAUAUUAUAUUAUUAGCCUUCGUGCUGAGUGAGUGCUCUGAGAGGGAUUACCAAAGCAGAUAGAAACAUCAAUGUCACAUGUUUGGAAGCCCCAGCCCACCCCUGUCUGAGUGGCAGAGUAACUAGCUGGCCUUAGACCAACAUAGCUGGACAGAGGUCAAGGCUCACAGAGAGGGAAAGUUAGGGAAAGAGUGAGAACAGAGGGAUAGAGGGAAAGAGUGAAAAGGGGUAGAGACAGCUUUAAAGGGAGACAGAGGCAGACAUUUUAUUUUCUAAUAAGGCUGUUGGACUCUAAGGGAAUCCCCAAAAAAUUGAAUUAGAGACAUUUAACUCAAAAAGUCUAUAAUGUAUCUAUUUAGAUUUUGAUCUGCUAUUGGGAUGAAUUGUUGUUUGACACAGAUGUAUGUCUCUGACUAACAGGCCUGCAAAGCCUCUGAGGAAAGGCAGGAAAAGGGAGAGAGGAAAAUCCAAACGAAAGAAAAGUGGAACUAUCAAAACUAUGUAAGUUCAACUAAACAUGCUUAAUUAACCCCUGAGUUAUUGCUUCUUUCUCCAUUUACAUAAAGCUUUUUGCACAAGUCUAAGCAAGUGUCUGUUUCUCUCUGGGUAUGCGCACAUAAUUCCCAGAAAAUCGCUCCACCCAGAGAGCAGAAUUCAGCCCUUCUUCUUUUUCAUCAAUUCCACCUCCUCCCUCUCUCUCUGUGGCAACCCAGCCACCACCUCCUCUCUCUCUCUCUGUGGCAACCCAGCCACCACCUCCUCUCUCUCUCUCUGUGGCAACCCAGCCAUCACCUCCUCUCUCUCUCUCUGUGGCAACCCAGCCACCACCUCCUCUCUCUCUGUGGCAACCCAGCCACCACUUCCUCUCUCUCUGUGGCAACCCAGCCACCACCAUCCUCUCUCUCUGUGGCAACCCAGCCACCACCUCCUCCCUCUCUCUGUGGCAACCCAGCCACCACCUCCUCCUCUCUCUCUGUGGCAACCCAGUCCACCACCUCCUCCCUCUCUCUGUGGGCAACCCAGCCACCACCUCCUCCCUCUCUCUCUGUGGCAACCCAGCCACCACCUCCUCCCUCUCUCUGUGGCAACCCAGCCACCACCUCCUCCCUCUCUCUCUGUGGCAACCCAGCCACCACCUCCUCCCUCUCUCUCUGUGGCAACCCAGACCACCACCUCCUCCCUCUCUCUCUGUGGCAACCCAGCCACCACAUCCUCUCUCUCGUGUGGCAAACCCAGCACCACCCCUCUCUCUCUGUGGCAACCCAGCCACCACUCCUCCCUCUCUCUGUGGCAACCCAGACACCACCUCCUCCCUCUCUCUCUGUGGCAACCCAGCCACCACAUCCUCUCUCUCUGUGGCAACCCAGCCACCACCUCCUCCCUCUCUCUGUGGCAACCCAGCCACCACCUCCUCCCUCUCUCUGUGGCAACCCAGCCACCACCUCCUCCCUCUCUCUCUGUGGCAACCCAGCCACCACCUCCUCCCUCUCUCUCUGUGGCAAACCCAGCCACCACCUCCUCUCUCUCUGUGGCAACCCAGCCACCACCAUCCUCCCUCUCUCUGUGGCAACCCAGCCACCACCUCCCUCUCUCUCUGUGGCAACCCAGCCACCACCUCCUCCCUCUCUCUGUGGCAACCCAGCCACCACCUCCUCCCUCUCUCUCUGUGGCAACCCAGCCACCACCUCCUCCCUCUCUCUCUGUGGCAACCCAGCCACCACCUCCUCCCUCUCUCUCUGUGGCAACCCAGCCACCACCUCCUCCCUCUCUCUCUGUGGCAACCCAGCACCACCUCCUCCUCCUCUCUCUCUGUGGCAACCACCCCAUCCUCCUCUGUGCAACCCAGCCACCACCUCCUCUUCUCUCUGUGGCAACCCAGCCACCACCUCCUCCCUCCUCUCUGUGGCAACCCAGCCACCACCUCCUCCCUCUCUCUCUGUGGCAACCCAGCCACCACCUCCUCCCUCUCUCUCUGUGCAACCCAGCCACCACCUCCUCCUCUCUCUCUGUGGCAACCCAGCCACCACCUCCUCCUCUCUCUCGUGGCAACCCAGCCACCCACCUCCCUCUCUCUCUCGUGGCAACCCAGCCACCACCUCCUCCCUCUCUCUCUGUGGCAACCCAGCCACCACCUCCUCCCUCUCUCUCUGUGGCAACCCAGCCACCACCUCCUCCCUCUCUCUCUGUGGCAACCCAGCCACCACCUCCUCCCUCUCUCUCUGUGGCAACCCAGCCACCACCUCCUCUCUCUCUCUCUGUGGAAACCCAGCCACCACCUCCUCCCUCUCUCUCUGUGGCAACCCAGCCACCACCUCCUCCCUCUCUCUCUGUGGCAACCCAGCCACCACCUCCUCCCUCUCUCUCUGUGGCAACCCAGCCACCACCUCCUCCCUCUCUCUCUGUGGCAACCCAGCCACCACCUCCUCCCUCUCUCUCUGUGGCAACACAGCCACCACCUCCUCCCUCCCUCUCGGUGGCAGCCCAGCUGUAAAAACGACCAGCUCAUCUCCUUUCCAAGACCCCAACUUUCUUUUGGUUUUCCUAUUGGAAUAAGGUUACGCCAAUCAUCAUAAUUUUAUUAGCCAAUCAGCAGUCUUUUUUUCCGGGACUGAACGUAAUACCCGACCAGGCAGGGCCUCAGGCAAUCUGUAGUUUCCAUUCUGAUGACCAACCUGUUUUUCUCUCCUGAAAUUGCUUUUCUUUCGGAUGUUUAUUGUGCGUGCAGCUAAAUAACAAUUAGAAUCAGAGAGAGUGGUGUUGUGUGUGUGUGGAUCUUCAUUAAACCUUGAACUGGAACUACUGCUUCCUCGUGUUCUGAACGGACACCCUGUGGUGGUUGCUACCGGCCUAAAAUCCAGCACCUACGUUUUUUUAAUCCCUUUUUAUUGGUCCUUCGAAUUCAUAAACAACCCAUAUUUUUCACCAGCCAUGACCACUCAGUAAGUCAGGCCCACACACAGAUGUCCUCUUUGUCUCUGCUUCAUUAAUUAAAUCACUUCAUUAAAGAAGUCCAUUAGCCUCCCAGACAGGCCAGGGUGAGUUAACUCAGCCAUGGAUGGGCUCACUUAGACAGACACAGACUGAGGUUAACUCCCUAAUGGGAGUCCCAGCCAAUGGCACAUUAAAGAGCCUCUCAGACGAGGGGAAGUCUACUAUGUGGAACAUCAGGUUUGAAAGCCACUGGUGUCUGUUUAAAGUUGCUGUAUUUAUUAUAUUCAUAAAUUAAGUGACUAUUCUCUUUACCACCCCAGACCUUCCUCUCCCCCCACUACACCCUCUCCUCCCCCCACUACACCCUCUCCUCCCCCCACCACCCCGUCUCCCUUGCCAGGCCCUCGAUGUACCCCCUGUCCUGGGAGGAAGUGGACACUCGAUUUGCAUUUGUGUCGGUGUCGCUGCAACGUGACCGCAGAGAAAUGCAGUCAGAAAGGGAGAAGACUCAACCAGCACCUCUGCAG